UAUCCGGGUGGCAGGUGGAUGUUUUGCUGCGGGUCAGGUGUAUCGGGUCGAUCAGGUGUAUCAGGUCGAUCUUGCACACUUUGAUGCACUCCUCUGAGCUCCGUUAGCCGGAUAUCAGUGUCAGUGCCCCCCGCGUCCUGUCAUCGCUUCGACCCUCACAUGGCUUCCAGACGGCCGGACAGCUUCGACGGGCUCGGGUACCGCGGCCGGGAUGACCCGCUGUAUGGAGCGGGCUACCCGGUCCGGAGCGCCGGAGCCCCCGCCGAGCCUCAGCACCACCACUGGGUCACCACGCCGCCGGACAUCCCCGGCAGCCGCAACCUGCACCCCGGAGAGCGGACACCCCUGUUCGACGACGCCCCGGGAGAGCUCGGAGGUUCCGCAGGCGGGUGGGAAGCUCCACAGCCCGGCCUGCCCCCCGCCGAGCAGCUGAAUCGAUUCGCCGGCUUCGGGGUCGGAUUCGUCAGUCUGUUCACAGAGAACGUCCUCUCUCAUCCCUGCAUCGUGUUCCGCAGGCAGUGCCAGGUGAACUACCACGCCCGCUGUUACCACCUGACUCCAUUCAGCGCCGUCGCCGUCAUGUACAGCAUCUCCAAGGCUCAGGGUGUGAAGGCUCUGUGGAAGGGGAUGGGCAGCACCUUCAUCGUUCAUGGCGUUACGCUGGGAGCCGAGGGCAUCAUCAGCGAGUUCACGCCACUACCACGGGAGCUUCCUCACAGGUGCAGCUGGAAACAGCUGGCUGGACAUUUGCUACUUAAAGGGUUAACGGCAGUCGUUGCUCUUCCAUUUUACUGCGCCAGCCUCAUCGAGACCGUGCAGAGCGAGAUCGUGCGGGACGAGUCGUCCUCCGGCCUGCUGGACUGCGUCCGUGAGGGUAUUGCCCGCCUGCUGGGUGUCGGCGCUCCUCACAGUCAUCGUCUGCUUCCCCUCAGGUGCUUGCUGCUUCCCGCUGCGCUGCACGCCAUCCUGCGUUACACCGUGGCCGCCUCCAUCCAGCGGGCGGUGCUGUGGCUGCACCAGCGGAGCAGGAAACAGCGGGCGGAGCCCUCCAAUCCACUGGACGCCUACUUCCCUGAGUUGGCGGCAUCUUGGGCGGGGUCUCUGGUGGCCGACGUGGUGUUGUUUCCUCUGGAGACGGUGCUGCAUCGCUUAGCCCUGCAGGGCACACGCACCAUUAUCGAUGCCACCGACGGAGCGGUCAGCACAGGAAACGGCGGCAGCCCGCUGGUGCUGCCUGUCAACACGCAGUACGACGGCUUCUCUGACUGCCUGCACGCCAUCAGACGCAAGGAGGGCGGGGCCGGCUUCUACCGAGGCUUCGGGGUGCUGGUGGCGCAGUACGCGCUGCACGGAGCGCUGCUGGCUGCUGCCAGGACGCUGCUGAGGGUGCUGCUGCUGGACGCCAAGGCCAGCUAGGGCUCUGCCACAGAGACUGUUGUCGUGACAACGGGACAUUUCUCAGCUUGUAAAAAAAACCGUUCAUGUGACGACAUCAGCGCCGGAGUCUGCCCGCCCCCACCUUGUUACCUAGCAACCAUUAAGAGCCACCAGAUUGUGUUGUAUCGCCUCCUCCCCAGUGAUGUCACUUCCUGCUUUUUGGACAAAUUGUGGUGGCGGUCGUGCGCCACCAUGGAAACAGAGCAUCACUUCCUGUGUUUGUGUUCAGCUGUGACAGCUGAUUGGUCACCCAGUGCUGACAUACAAACAUGUAAACAAUGUUUUUGUAUAAAGUUGUAAAAAAAAGUUCAGUGUAGCUUUAGAUUAAAUUAUUUCUGAUCGAUUGAAUCAAUAUCGGAUGAGACGAGUGAGCCUGAAGCUGCUGUACCGUCUGUAAAUGUGAAAUAAAAUGUCAGUGCAACA